AAUGAUAUUCUAGUGCUGAAGUACAGAAAGAAUUUAAAUGUAAAAGGUCAUUUGAUCUUCUAUAUGACUUGGAAUUCUGACUUUUACAGACUUGGGCAUUUGGUUUAUUUUAUUCUGGUAAUAUUAAAUGCUUCACCUGCUGAAAGUACACAUUGGGAGGAGACUCCUGGAAGUAGUUAACCUCUGCAUCAUUACUCUGUCUGAAAACUAGUAGUCAGAUCACAGAAAUUCAUAGUCUGUGAGGAAAUCGUGCUGGACUUCUAUUUUACUCUGAAUGUAUGACGGACUGUCCUGCUCAAGCACGCGAGAUGUCUGUAUUUCCUUUCAUGAUUUUUCUGUUCUUCUCCAAUGAACUCGUACUGGAAACUUCAGCAGAAACUGCAACAUUGCCUAGCAAAAUAACAGCACUGAGCGGCUCUUGUGUGCGGAUACCUUGUGCAUUUGAAGUGCCAAAGGACAAACUGAGAAGAGCAACACGUAUAUCUGGUGUCUGGAUUAAGCAUCAUCAUGCUUUUCGAGAACCAGGGAGUUUGGUAGUUUAUAAUGGAAGUACAAACAUCACCACAGGAUUCAAUCGUAUAGAGAUAACUGGAAAUCUUAGUCAACUUGACUGUACCACAGUUUUCUAUGAUAUGAUGAGCAAUCAUUCGGACAAUUACUACUUCAGGGUGGAAAUAAUGCCGGAUUGGUUAUACUCAUAUCAGAAUGCCAUCAACAUUUUGGUCUCAGAUUCACCACAACCUCCUGAACUUAAACCCACUGAUCUGAAAGAAGUAAUGGAGAACACAACAGUGAAUCUGAGCUGCUCCGCUGAAGCCCCCUGCCCAGAACAACCUCCUACAAUAUCCUGGUCUUACAUACCUAAUUCUGCCCACAUUACAACACAGUUACAGGAGAAACCUGAUAAAACCCAGUUAGUGUUUUCACACAUGACCUUCAAAGCUUCAUACAUGGAUCACAAAAAGAACAUCUCCUGCAUUGCUACAUAUCCAAGAAAAGCAUUUAAUGACUCAAGUCUUGUGAUGCUACAAGUACUGUUUUCACCAAAAGAAACUCGCAUCACCAUCGAUCCAUCUGCUUCAGUCUCUGUUGGCACUAAUGUGACUUUGACCUGCAAAAGCAAAGCCAAUCCAUCAGGUAACAUCACCCUCUGGCACAAAGGUGGACAGGAGAAGCAGCUGGAUUUAGGAGAACUGACCUUUACUGUAAAUAGUAGCAGCGGAGGCUGGUACUUCUGCACAGCAAUGAAUGCACAUGGUAUUCAGAAGUCAGUAGAGAUCCAGCUGAUUGUGGAAGGCUCAUUAGAUCAGUCUGUGAUCAUUGGCAGUGUAGUAGGAGUUUCAGCAAUUCUGUUGACAUUUCUUCUGAUAACACUUUUCCUGAGAGUGCGAAGAGUAAAGGCAUCCACUAUUAAGGAAACCGACGUCUCAGAUCAGGGUCUGGAAAAACAAGUGCAGACCAUUUAUGCUAAUGGUGGUUUUGUGCCGGGUGAAGAGCUAGAGAUGCCAAAUGAUGAGAACGACGUAGUCCACUAUGGAGAGAUUGACUUCUCCACUACCCAAACUAAAAUCACCUCAGUACAGGGCUCAGGACUAGAGACGGUAUAUGCCGAGGUCAGAGGUCCAGGGAAGGAGAUGAACCAGGAUUACCAAAGGUAUGUGAUGGUGUUGUGGAUUGAUUUGUCACUAUUGUUGAGUCCAAUGUCAUCCUCGCCACAAACCCUGAUGGCAGGAAUCCAGAUCACUUCCUUCAUUUUCAUCAGCUCUGUAUUGAUCCAUACUUGCUCAGCUGAUGGUGAUGUCUACUCUGCAGUGAUGCCUCUGACAGUAACAGCUCUGACAGGCUCUUGUGUGCAGAUUCCUUGUACAUUCACCAUCUCCAGUUUUGAGGAUAAACGUAACAAGGCAAAAUCUAUUAAUGGGAUGUGGCUAAAAAAUAAAUCACAUUUUGCUGAUGAUGUCAGUUGUAUAGUUUUUAAUAGCAGCGAAAACAUCAUAAGAGGAUUUAGUGACAUACAGAUGACCGGAAAUCUCAGUGAGAGAAAUUGCACAACUGUCUUCUAUAACAUCAUGAUGAAUCAUUCAGAUUUAUACUUCUUCAGACUGGAAAUGGAGCCAAGUGUGUUCAAAGCAACAUUUAACACCAAGACAGGCGAUUCAACUGUGAAGAUCACUGUCAAAGAUUCACCACAACCUCCUGAACUUAAACCCACUGAUCUGAAAGAAGUAAUGGAGAACACAACAGUGAAUCUGAGCUGCUCCGCUGAAGCCCCCUGCCCAGAACAACCUCCUACAAUAUCCUGGUCUUAUAUACCUAAUUCUGCCCAAAAUACAACACAGUUACAGGAGAAACCUGAUAAAACCCUGUCAGUGUUUUCACACAUGACCUUCAAAGCUUCAUACUUGGAUCACAGAAAGAACAUCUCCUGCAUUGCUACAUAUCCAAGAAAAUCAUCUAAUGACUCAACUGUGGAGACAGACGUGAUCAUGCUACAAGUCCUGUUUCCUCCAAAAGAAACUCACAUCACCAUCGACCCAUCUGCUUCAGUCUCUGUUAACACUAAUGUUACUUUGACCUGCAAAAGCAAAGCCAGUCCAUCAAGAGAAAUGAACUACACGUGGUACAAACGUGGACAGGAGAUGGCUAUAGCUCAGGGAAAGCAGGUUACCUUCAAUGGAACUCAUAAAAAUGCAGGAUGGUAUUCCUGCACUGCACAGAAUAAACACGGAAAACAGUCAGCAGAGAUCCAGCUCACAGUUGAAGGACAAGAUGGACACUUUAUGCCUCUGAUUGUUGGUUGUGUGGGAGGAAUUGUGGCAGUGCUCACGCUCUCUGCUCUUGGAUUUUGUGCAAGGAAAAAGACACACAGGGGAGACAUUGUUGGAGACAAAGACUCCUUGCAUCAGGCACAGGACAAAACUCUUUACAGGAAUUCCACAUAUGAUGAUGUCCACAACAUAACCACCCAGGACAACACGAUCUCUGAUGAUUAUAGUGUGUGUGAGCGUAAGACUGAGUUCACGGCUCAGACCCACCACCAUACAGGAAAAGACCAAACCGAAGAAGAUGGCCAUGAAAAAAGUUCAGAUGUAGUAUAUUCUGAAGUCCACAUGAUACACAUUAAAACAAAAGCCAUCAGUGUUGUGCCUGAAGACAUUUAUGCUGAGGUGAAAAUAUAAAUGAUUA